AUGAAGAUUAAGUUGGUCUUUAGGGGCUUUACGUUGCAUGUUUGUAGUGUUUAUGCGCCGCAAAUGGGCGUGAAAGAGGAGGUGAAGGCGAGAUUUUGGGAAGAUUUGGACGAGGUAGUGAGAAGCGUGCCUAGCGCGGAGAAGAUCGUCAUAGCAGGGGACUUCAAUGGACACAUUGGGAUCCUACCUGGAGGUUAUGAUGAUGUGUAUGGUGGUUUUGGCUUCGGUGUUAGAAAUGGCAAGGGAGCGGCCGUGUUGGAUUUUGCGAGAGCCUUUGAGCUGGUGGUUGUGAACUUGAGUUUCCCGAAGAAGGAGGAUCACCUAAUUACCUUUCGGAGCACGAAAGCCAAGACUCAGAUUGACUUUCUGCUGCUUAGAAAGGGGGAUAGGGUGCUAUGUAAGAAGAGUCGUGACCUAGCUCAAGUGAAGUGCAUUAAGGGGGAGGAUAGUAGUGUUCUGGUGGAGAAUGCUCACAUUAAGAAGAGCUGGCAGGACUACUUUCAUAGACUUUUGAAUGAGGAAGGGAAUAGAGGCAUUGAGCUAGGGAAGCUGGAGCAUUCGGAGAAAAGCCGUGAUUUCAGCUACUGCAGGCGUUUUAAGGUAGAGGAGGUCAAAGAGGCUAUUUGUAAUAUGCAGAGGGGUAGGGUGACGGGGCCGGAUGAGAUUUCAGUAGAUUUUUGGAAGUAUGCGAGAGGGGCAGGGCUUGGGUGGUUGACGGAUUUGUUUAACAGUAUUUUCAAGACUGCGAGAAUGCCUGAGGCUUGGAGAUGA